ACACUAUGUUCAAGUCCUCCUUGUGGGGUGCGGGUGACAAACCCAGAUUCUCCUUACACAGAUUACAAGGCCCCAUCACAGCAGAGGCAUUCAGAUUUCCCAGUUUCAAACUUUGCCAUCAGGCACUAAUUCUUACCCAAGCAGCACAGGGGCUCAUUCCCGUGUGCUGCAGAGCCACCAGCUGGCUCCAGCUGGGAGCAGAAUAGGCUGCUUCUUUACCCCUUCUCAACAUACUGCAGAUUCCCUAAAGAGCAAUUGCCAACUCUUGUGGCAGCCAGGAAUACUUGGCGUACGCCGUCUACUAAAUUGAAACAUGACCCCCUUCUACACACCAGCCUCGGUCUGUCUGCGAUAACUCGAAACACUGAGCAGCAGGCAACCCCAUCAACAGCCAGGUCGGAUUAGGGGAGGGAUUUUGAAUUUAUUGGGAGUCAAUUUAUUGAAAAUGAUGCUUUCCUGCCUUUUACAAUAUUAAAAGCCAGGUUCAAUCUAGGCCCUAAGAAGGGGUGGCAAUAUAUCCAGUGUAACCAUGUCAUCUCCCAGCUGUUUGGCCCGAUGUCUGCGGUAUCCCUGACCCACAGAAACUGCUUUCAUUUCUCCAACACCUAUGGCAACACUGUGCACGCACCGGGCCAGCCAAAAAAAGGAAUGGGAAGAGGAACAAGGCCAAUUACUUCCUGCUAACCAAUGGAAACACAUUUUAGCCAGUGUUCUGAGCUGCUCCUUUGAGCUCUGUGUACCAUUCAUCCAGCAGAAAAUCACAUGGAGGAUGCAUUGGAGCCCUCUCCAGCUGUUCAAAACAGGUGCUGCUAAGUCAGAUUGAUGUUGGUGCCUUGAUGCAGCUGGUGGGAAUGCACCUAGAUCUGCGGUUUUGAGCAGGACUAAACUGCAGGGUUAAUUUUUUUCCUAUCAACUACAAUUGUAUUACAAGCUAAAUACGUAAUUUUAAACCCAAUGGAUGUUCACUGGAAGCUGAAUAAAUCUGAAAAACUUUGGCUCAGGAGAGCACUAACAAUUGCUAAAAGACCAGUACUCCAAAAAUGGGAAUCCAAAAAGCAACCAACAAUUGGAGACUGGAGCACAGACGUCAUAAGGUUGACCACCCUGGAAAUGCACCUGCCCCCCUUCUUUACCAUUUCCUUCCCUCUCCGUCUCCAGCCCCCUCCUCUGAAUUUUGCUUCUAUUCUUUGCCUUAUUUUAAUCAUUUUUCUUUAACUAUUGGAUUUUUAUAAGUAAAACAUGUUUGUAAAUUCUGCAAUACAAAUCAGUGAGUUAUCCGCUAACCAUUCGUAUUAUAUAUACUAAACUGUUUAAAGCAUAGCUCAGGUUAGGUAGCAUGUGGUUAAUAUAAUAUAAGACGUGUGUGUGGUCUGAGAAGUUGGUGUAUAUUUAGUGAUGUUUCUUUUUCCUAUAUAUAUUAUUUUUAAAAUGAAUAAAAAGUUAAUAGAAAAAUAACAAUAAUCAUAGCUUUUAUGUCCUUUACUUUAGGAGGGAUUGAGGAGUGUCCCUUAAAUAGUUUGGGGGCUGUCUAGGGAUACUCACCGUGUUCUGUGGUUUUGGAGUGAGCUAGGCACAGCAGUGUGUGUAUAUUCAGUAAACAUGGUUACCUGGAACCCAGCUGUGCCUGUGGGUCUCUUCGUGUGAUAAGAUUGUCAUUGUUGUGAAAAGCCCAAAAGGCCCAGUGUUGUGUUUUGAGGCGGGUUUGCAGAAGAUAGGAUAUGAAACAAUCAUGCUGAAGGCAGCUCCUCCCCUACACUAGUGAAGUAACAGCAAGUUAUGACUCAAAUCUCAGCCCUUCGCAGCCACUCAGUUUUUCCUACAGUCAGCACAACGACACCCUGACAUCAGCUGCCCAGCGCGCUGGAAAUUCCCUCGCAAUCUCCCUCCGCUUUGCCCCUGAAGGCCUAUAAAAAGACAGAUCGUCCUUGGGUGCAGCAUCAGACAGAGAAGGAGUGCUCAAGAGUCCCUGGUCUGCUUCUGCUCCUGACGCUCGUCCUCACCCAACAGCAACAUGAAGGUCUCCGUGGCUGCCCUCGCCGUUCUCCUCAUCGCUGCCUUCUGCUCCCUGACCUCCUCUGCCCCAAUUGGCUCCGAUCCCCCGACUGCCUGCUGCUUUACCUACACGUCCCGGAAGAUCCCACGCGGAUUGGUGGUAGAUUAUUAUGACACCAACAGCAUGUGCUCCCAGACGGCCAUAGUAUUUAUCACCAAGAAGGGCCGUGAAGUCUGUGCUAACCCCAAAGAGGACUGGGUUCAGGAGUACGUGACCCAUUUGGAACUGAACUGAGCAGAGCGGGGGACAGACCAGGGACCAAGCCUUGCCCAGCAAUGAAAGUGUUAAUGAUCAAAGGGCACCCUUCCUGCUGGUGCAUCUAGUGUUAGUGCCACUUGCUGACUUAGCGGAAAUAACCUGACAUAUAUAAACGUAUUUAAAAUAUUAUUUCACUCUAUUUAAGAAAUUUAAUUUGCACUGAACUCUGAGCUAAAUAGUGUACUAUUUAUGGAUUAGUACACGGGGGUUUGGGGGCAGGUCACAUGACAUGGCUCCAUUCACAGCUCAAAUGUGAAGAUUAUUUAAUAUAUUUUAUAUCAAACAGAACAUUUCUUGUAAUAUUGAGCUAUGUGAUUUGAUGGAGUGCUGAACGUAGAUUAUGAAGAAUAAAUAUUUUUAUAUGAA